CGAAGUCUCAUUGUAUUUUGGGUGUGUAAGGAAUUUGGUAUAUCUGGUACAGAAAAGGUUUCGGUAUUGUUGAAUUAGCGGGUUUAAUGAUGAAACUAUAAUACGCUCUCGAUUCUUCAGCUAAAGCUACAAAAUAAUUGUAAACUCUUUAGCUUUUCAGAGGAGAAUGGUUCGAACAAAAGCACAAAUUUCUAAGGAGGAUCAAUCUCCUAAGCUCACACGCUCAGGCAAAAAUGCAGUCAACAAAAAGAAAAACACAUCUUCUUCCAAAUCAAAGACUUAUGACGAAGAUGUUCAGAAAACAGUCGCAGAUUCGAAGCCUCAAUUUUUCGACCACUGGCUAAUGAAAUCAGAACCGGACAGUAGGUUUGAAAAGGGAGUUGACAUGAAGUUUUCGAUUGAUGAUUUGGUUAAAGAGGCUAACUCGACUGCUUGCUGGGACGGGGUGAGGAACUAUGAAGCACGGAAUUUGUUGCGUGAUCAAAUGAAAAAGAACCAAAAGGCGUUUUUCUAUCACAGUAAUUGCAAACAACCGGGAAUUGUUGGAAUUGUCAAAAUUAUCAAAGAAGGUUAUCCUGAUUAUACCCAGUUCGACAGAACAGAUGCGCAUUUUGAUGCCAGCAGCAAUCUGGAUGCUCCCAAAUGGUACAUGGUUGACGUUAAAUUCGUCCGCAAGACCAAACGCCUGAUUGGUUUACAAGAGCUGAAGAAACUCCACUUGGACCAUGCAAAAAGUUCUCCCAAAGGAGUGUUGCAUAAUUUGUCUUUGUUCACGCGGUCUCGGCUUUCUGUUCAGCCUUUGACAAAAGAGCAGUUUGAGUUCAUUUUGAAGCUGGAAGACCAGGACAAAGAAAACAACUGAAGAACUGCUUGGAGCUUAAAAUUGGAGCUCAAGAAAAGACUAGAAAAUUUUUAGACUUGAACCACAGUGACAAUUGAUAUGUUUGCAUGAUAUUAGUCAUGAAUGUGAAUUUUUGUUUUUCUUGCAUACUUAGAGAAAAGUUUGGGUUUUAAUUUU